CCUGUUUCAUGUCUGCAGCGCGGAGCUCUGGAGACGGUCAAUUGUUUCUGUGCUCGAGUCUUUACAGGCGGUCAGGAAGUUUGACGCUGACAUUUAAUUUCGUUGGUGGUGUUUUUAGGGUCAUCGACGGAGGGAGAAUUUGACAGCGACAAAGUAGUGAAGCGCGUAUCCGGUGCCUUGUCAGAGGGAAGCGACGAAGAAGAAGAAUAUCGUUUUAAUCACACAGGGGGGGCUUUCAAAUAAGCCUCAUGUAUACUGUGUAUUCACCUGCUGUUUGCGUGUUUAUUGAACGCUUUUGAAGAAUGCAAGGAUUAUGCUAGAAGCUAACUAGUGGCUGCAGACUCGCUACAGAGGGUGUGUGUACGUUAGAGCGUGAAAAAUCAAUAAGCUGAAAAGCUGAAGCGCCAUUGUCCUGAAGAACUAUGGAACUGUCACUGGCUCACCCGGCUAUCAAAGCCUUCAUGUGUGGCUCCGUCAGCGGCACCUGCUCCACCCUGCUUUUCCAACCUCUCGACCUGGUCAAGACCCGUCUGCAGACUCUGCAGAGCAACAUGCAGCCUGGUUCCGGCAAAGUGGGGAUGGUGACUGUGCUGCUGAGCGUGGUGCGCACAGAGAGGCUGCUGGGACUGUGGAAAGGAAUUUCACCGUCCUUUGCUCGGACCAUCCCAGGAGUGGGGAUCUACUUCAGCACCUACUACUCUCUAAAGCAGCACUUCUUCCAGGACACAAGCCCAGGGGCCAUGGAGGCCAUGCUGAUGGGAGGUGGUGCCCGGACGGUGGCGGGGGUCUUCAUGCUGCCGGUCACUGUCAUCAAGACACGCUAUGAAUGUGGCAGGUACAGCUAUGGCAGCGUGACAGGGGCUCUGCGCAGUGUGUGUCGGACUGAAGGUCCUGCUGCUCUGUUCUCUGGCCUGAUGGCAACUCUCCUCAGAGAUGUUCCUUUUUCUGGUAUCUACGUCAUGUUCUACAGCCAGACCAAAGCCUCGCUGCCGAAAGAAAUCAGCACGUCUGCCUCCGCCCCACUGGCUAACUUCAGCUGCGGGAUCCUGGCGGGUAUAUUGGCCUCCCUGAUCACCCAGCCCCCCGAUGUGGUGAAAACACACGUCCAGGUGAAUCCACAGCUGAGGACAGCAGAGGCUACCAGAUACAUCUACAUGGAACACGGACUCCAGGGGUUCUUUAGAGGGGCAGUUCCACGGGCGCUGAGGAGGACCAUGAUGGCUGCCAUGGCGUGGACAGUGUACGAGCAGAUGAUGGCUCAUGUGGGACUGAAGUCCUGAAGGGGAGAGCUGAUGAGACGCUUGUGAAAGAAAGACGAGAAAAAAAGUCAAGCCAGCAGUGAGUGAACAGGAAGGAGCUGCUGAAGUGCAGCUGAGCCUCACAAUGUUUUGCCCGUAAGAGCAACAAAGACCUUCAGUGACUUACAGCAUUUCGCCGUAACAAGAGAUGCAGACUGGUGAUUUGAAGAAAGCGUCCACUUUUUGUCUAAAUGACUAACACGCACUUUAUAAGAGAGAUGUGGAGAAUUUGCUCUCUGAAAUGUGCUCUGCUGGGUUAUGGCUGAUUUUUUCGGCCAAUGCUUAUUAACUCUUUAAAAUAACAAAGGUUUGCUUUGACAUUCUGUAUUGCACUACAAGUUGUGUCUGAUCCUUCAUGAGUGUUUGGACUGGAACGUUCCACUUUUUGGAAAGGCCUCAGCGGGAUUUCCUGCCUUUCAGAUUAUGUGCACACAAUCUCAAAGAGUGCAGUGACACAAAUGAUCAUUACUCAAGACAGCGUCCUAGAUACGGCUCAGGCUUCUAUAAUGCACUUUAACCCCCUGCAGUCCUUUCAUGGCACAAUUUAAAACCCAGAAGCUUGUAAAUGCCUUUCCAAUAACACAGUGUAUGUUUAUAUUCUGAUAUUGUUUGUAAGACUAAAUAAUAUGCGCUUGUAGUAAAUUAAUCUGCCUUAAAAUGCAAUGAUUUCUGUUUUGAUAUUUGUUCAAGUGUAUUUUCGUGCAAAGGUAUUGACCCCUGUUUAACUGUUCUGCCUUUUUAAGGAUGUUUAAGAAAA